AUGCCAACCACACGCGCAACUACACUGGCCAUGAGUGAGGACAUGGAGGAAGCUGCUCGCCCGCGCCCAUCGCGCUUCAAGGAGCAUACAAACACAAACAGCACCAUUCGCCCACCGCCUGAGGAGCUGUGGAAAGACAUUGCGAUUGAUGAUCUGAUUGAGCAGUAUAACGAGGAUAAUGCGCAACCGCCCGUGUCGAGAAAAACAUCUGCGAACCAUACGGUGCGCACAGCCAGACCUGCGCCCGCAAGGACGAACUCGGGUUCCUCGAACUCGGAUCGCUCUCGUGAGUCUUCGGCUCCAGCGCAGGCCAAUUCGGCCUCUGGAACGGGCGAGGGCACGUAUGCGCGCAUACAGCGCGCUUUUGCGUCCAUGUUUGGCAGCGUACUGGGCAAGCGCAAGGCCGGCAGCAUGGACGCUGAGCGAGAUAGAGAGCAGCAGCUUCAUCAGCAGCUGCUUGACGAGCGCAAGAAGGCUGCUGAGAUUGCCUACUACGAGGCCAAGGAUCGCGGCCUGCUUCCAACGCCAAAGGUGUUUGUACGACCGGCCAUGGCAGCCAGAAUCAAUCUUCAAAACGCCGAGAAGAUGCAGCUCGGCUUGACGACAGAAUUGGUCGAGGCCGCGACUCCAAUGCGCAUACCAGGCACGCCACGGACGCCCGGCCUUCACCACACGCCCAGCAAGAAGGACCUACAGAAGCAAAAGAAGCUCAGCAAGCGUGUCUCGGACCUCGAGUUCAAGCUCGCCUCCGCCCGCAAAGAGCUCCACACCGUCCUCUACAACGACCUGCCUCCCGCUCCCCCCGUCCCCAAAUUCGCAUCUCCCACCCCGGACGUCACCCAGAGCGAAAACGAGCCCGCCUCCCCCGAAGCCCGCACCUCAACCUCGUCCAACAACGCCUCCACCGCCGCAAGAAGCAUGGGCCGCAUCCUCAAAAAGCGCAAAACAACCGCUGCUGCCCACGACUCGGACGCCGACUACAAACCCCUCCCCACCGACUCCGAGGGCGACACAGACAUGCUGUCCGUCCCGUCUGCCUCUGAAUACGAAGCCGAGCCCGACAACAACAACGACAAUGACGAUGAGCCGUCGUCGACCAAGCCUGCGUCUCGCAAGAAGAGCAAGAACUCCAAACGCCAGAGCUCCCGCCUGAGGAAGAAGUUCUCGAGAAGCAGCAUCAAGCGCGAUGAGCCUGUCUGCGUGGUACCUGAUGGCAUUAAUGUCCCCGAGGUACCUAGUUUGCCGCAAGAUGUGGCGGAUGAGGUUAAGAGUAGGGGGAAGAAGGGGGGGAGGGAUGAUGGGUAUGGGGGGUUGGGUCAUGAGAUUUUUUGA